CGCUCGUUUUAAUAUCUCCGCGCAGUUGUAGAGGCGGUGACGUCGUUGCAGCUCCGUCUGCGCGUGGUAUUUAUCAGUUGGCACUUCACUUCCUAUAGCUCUACGUUGGGUCUGCACGUUUAAAGCGUUGCAAUAAACACGUCCGUUGCAACAGCGCGGUAAUCCGCCCACACGGGGUGCCCUGUGCAUCCAAAAACAAUUACCCAUCUCUUGUGUUGCUAUAGCUUCACAUUAUAGGGGGAAAUGAACACUUUUCACCAAACCUAGUAGUCUUAGCUUCAGAAUAAACCCCAAAUUGUACUUAAAAGUACUUCAGAUCAAUCUACAUUCUAUACAUAUUCUGAAACUGGGUUGAAAUAGUGUUUUGUUCCACGUUUUGUUUUGAAAUUCCGACCGGAUACGGUUUAGUUUCGCCUCCGUCCGUGCAACCCCACAGCCCGGUGGGAGGUCGCUGAUCGUCUCACCUCUGUGUGACUCUCCGGUGUUUUGUCGGUGAACUGUCGCCACGUUUUCGUCGCCAGGCAGUCGGCACGGUGAACAGAGAAAAAGGUUGGCGCCUUUGGUGAAACUGUCGCUUAUGAUAUUUCAUGGGUGAGUAUCAUCGUUUGGUCCAGUGCUCCAGAUCCGAUCACACCGUGGAGCCCACUCUAAAAACGUACGUAGUUACAUUUUUAAUUAAACAAAUUGGAUCGAGUCUUUGUGGUUGGCUAUUUGUACCGCCUCCUCCGCUGUACUUUGAUAUCAGGCUAAAUAGUGACUGUGACGAGCAAAACGUUUUAUCCGUUUUAAACGUGUUCUCCGUUUGAUCAGACAAACUGAGGUGUAAUUGGACAGUUGUGUCCCAUCAGUUUUCUUAUAGUCGUUCACUACAAUCGCAGCUCUUUCAACAGCAACCACUUAACCUCUGACUUGUGGAUCAUUCUCUGGCCUGACUGUUAAGUCUGACUAAGCUGGUUAAACAUGAAAUUCUGCAAUUCUGGCAGGAAUUAAAGACGUAUGUUUAAACUCUAAACCUGCUGAGUGACUAUGUGUCUCGGUCUCAAAGCAGCGUGCGGUGACGUCAUGUACAGACUCCUCAGCCUCCAAGGAAGGAGGACGCCGAGCUGCCUCUCCAACCAGCGCCGCCAUGAGCACCACCAGGCCGUCAUGGCGAUCCGCCGCGAGGACGUCAACCCCUGGGAGCGGAGGGCGCCGCUGGCCCCCAAACACGUCAAAGAGCUCACCACCGCCGGCGUCAAAGUCCUGCUGCAACCGUCCAACCGCAGAGCCAUCCACGAGAAGGACUACAUGAGGGCAGGCGCUGUCCUCCAGGAGGACCUGUCGGAGGCCUCUCUGAUUCUCGGGGUGAAGAGGCCGCCGGAGGAGAAGGUCAUUCCCAGGAAGACCUACGCCUUCUUCUCCCACACCAUCAAGGCCCAGGAGCCCAACAUGGGGCUUCUGGAUGACCUGCUGAAGAAGGAGGUCCGUCUGAUUGACUACGAGAAGAUGGUCGAUGCCAACGGCUUCCGGAUCGUAGCGUUCGGUCACUGGGCCGGCAUCGCAGGAAUGAUUAACAUCUUGCACGGGUUGGGGCUUCGCUUCCUGGCGCUUGGCCACCACACCCCCUUCAUGCACAUCGGCAUGGCGCACAACUACAGGAACGUCAGCCAGGCCAUCCAGGCAGUGAGGGAUUGUGGGUACGUGGUAUCCAUGGGGCUCAUGCCCAAAUCCAUCGGCCCUGUGACGUUUUGUUUCACCGGCACCGGCAACGUGUCCAAGGGCGCCCAGGACAUCCUCAACGAGCUCCCUGUGGAGUAUGUGGAGCCUCACGAGCUGAAGGACGUCUCCGAAACGGGAGAUAUGACCAAAGUGUACGCCACCGUGCUGAGCCGCCACCACCACCUGAUGAGGAAGAGCGACGGCAUCUACGACCCCAUGGAGUACGAGGACCACCCGGAGCUUUACACCUCCCACUUCAGGACCAGCGUGGCGCCCUACACGACCUGUCUGAUCAACGGUAUUUACUGGGACCCCCAAACCCCUCGACUCCUCAGGCGACUGGACGCCCAGAAGCUGAUGCGACCCAAGCCGUCGCUCACCGCCACCGAAGGGUCGCCGGCGCUUCCCCACAAACUGCUGGCUAUCUGCGACAUAUCGGCUGACACCGGGGGCUCCAUAGACUUCAUGAACGAGUGCACCACCAUCGAUAAGCCCUUCUGCAUGUACGAUGCCGACCAGCACAUCGAUCACGACAGCGUGGAGGGCAACGGGAUCCUCAUGUGCUCCAUCGACAACCUUCCCGCUCAGCUCCCCAUCGGAGCCACGGAGUACUUCGGAGACCGGCUCUUCCCCUACCUCUGGGAGAUGCUGCCUUCGGAUGGCACCAGGGCGCUGGACGAAGAGGACUUCAGCCCGCAAGUCAGAGACGCUGUCAUCACAUCGAACGGAGUCCUCACGCCAAAGUUUGAAUACAUCGAAAAACUCAGAGAAAGAAGAGAGAAGGCGCAGAUCAUGAAGAAGUCUGGCAUGAAGCGCGUCCUGCUGCUGGGCUCCGGUUACGUCUCCGGACCUAUCGUGGAGUAUCUGACCCGCGACGAGAAGACCCAGGUCACCGUGGCGUCGGUGAUGCUGAAACAAGCAGAGGAGCUGGCAGCCAAAUAUCCAAACACCAUCCCCAUCAUGCUGGACGUGGGCAGCCAGGAGGGACACUUGGACUCUCUGAUCAAAGACCACGACCUGGUCAUCAGCAUGCUGCCCUACACUCUCCACCCUCUCAUCGCCACGCACUGCAUCCGGAGGAAGGUCAACAUGGUGACCGCCAGCUACCUGAGUCCAGCCAUGAAGGAGCUGCAGAGCAGUGCGGAGGAGGCCGGCGUCACCAUAGUCAACGAAAUGGGACUGGACCCGGGGAUCGAUCACAUGCUGGCCAUGGAGUGCAUCGACAAGGCCAAAGCCGACGGCUGCACCGUGGAGUCCUACAGCUCCUUCUGCGGCGGUCUUCCCGCCCCCGAAUGUUCCGACAACCCUCUCCGCUACAAGUUCAGCUGGAGCCCGUACGGCGUCCUGCUCAACACCAUCAGCCCCGCCGUCUUCCUCCGGGACAACCAGGUGGUGAGCAUCCCGGCUGGCGGCGCCCUGAUGGAGUCGAGCACGCCGAUGGAUUUCUUCCCCGGUUUCAACCUGGAAGGAUUUCCAAACCGCGACAGCACCAAGUACGCCGAGUCCUACGGCAUCCAGACGGCACACACGCUGAUCAGAGGAACGCUGCGCUUCAAGGGCUUCUCGAAGGCCAUGAGCGGGUUUGUCAAACUGGGUCUGAUCAACAGCGAGGCCUGUCCCAUCCUGAAGCCCACUUCGGCCCCCGUCUCCUGGAAAGCGCUGCUCUGUAAGCAGAUGGGAUUGUCCUCUUCUAUUUCCCACGAUGACUUUGAAGAAGCUGUGUUUGAACGCAUCGGGAAGGACGACUUUGUGAUGGACACCCUGAGAUGGUUCGGGAUGCUGAGUGACGAGUCGGUGGUUCAAGCCGACAGCGUUCUGGCCGCUCUGGCGAAACACCUGGAGGCGAACCUUUCCUUCGACAAGUCCGAGCGAGACAUGAUCAUCAUGAGGAACGACAUUGGGCUUCGCCACCCAACCGGUGAGCUGGAGACCAAACACAUCAGCCUGGCGGUGUACGGCGACCCCAGCGGCUUCUCCGCCAUGGCCAAAACCGUGGGUUACCCAGCAGCCAUUGCUGCCCGCAUGGUCCUCGAUGGCGAAAUCACCACAAAGGGACUUGUGGUUCCGAUGACGAAGGAUAUCUACGGGCCGGCGUUGGCCUGCCUGAAGGAGGAAGGCCUUCACUUCAUGUCCAAGAGCACCCUGCAGGAGUAAAAGCCGAGCCUACCGGGGGGGGGGGGGGGGCUGUCAAUAAUGUUCAAGAAACCUAAAAAAAAACACGCGCCAUCAAAUGACCUCGUCAGCGACUUUAUCCAAACCGGAUUGGCUCAAAAAGGUGAAGGGGAAAAGGUCUAAAAGAAAUAAAUAUAAUUUAGGGAAGUUUUUUGUCAGAAGCUGCAAAGGGAAGAGGUUCGGAUAAUGUUCAUUAAUCUCAGUAAAGUUAGCUUCGCGGACCGACUGGACAAACUAACGUUGGCUUGAGUGUUUUUUAAGGGUGAAUUCUGUAUUUUUGGACCGGAAGUUACCCAGUUUGUAGUAUUUAUUGUGUGCCGCCUUUAGCUAUAUUUCUUUUUUGGUGGGGAGGGGGGGUCGCCGCCUUGUAAACGGUUUGUUACAUGCUUUAAACAAAUACCCAGAGAGAAAUAUAGUACCUGAGAUAUAUUUUUAAAAGCAUGUGUGUACUUUAUAUGUGGGCCUCCAGAAGGAAGUUGGAUUUCUAUGUUUGGAUCUGAACACAAACUACACAUUUUGCGGGUUAAAGAGAAAAACACUAACAUGUUUAGUGUUUAAAGUAGAUGUUUUAUUAAACAUCUACUUUAAACAUUUUGUCCUUAAUGUUUCAGUUGACAUUCAUACUAUUCCUGAUUACAAAACUCAUUUGUGUGUAAAAACUUGCUUUGAUAAAACAUUUUGCUGUCGAAAUGUAAAAAAGUUACAUGAAUAGAACUUUUAAGGUUCUUUCUCCUUUAAUGGUUUACACACGGAGAGGCUAACUGCAAGUGGAAUUAUUUGGAUUUACACUGUAGUUUAAUUGUGAAUCUAUUUUUAAUACUACAGCUGCUUCAAUUUAUUAAUUCUAAUGAACACAGGCUCCAUACGUCCAUGACUGCACUCAAAUAAAGUGGAAUGUUUCUUUAGUACGGUAUUAUUAGUAGGAACCAGUUAUGUCAUGUUUAUUGGUUUGGCUUGGUUACUUCAAAUUGAUCAUUUGUACACAAACUGUUGAUUAAGCCAAUAAACAUUCGAUCCAACGUACAUUUUGCUCACUA